UCGCCUUUUUUUAUGUUUUCGCGUGCACCGAGUACAGCUGGAUAUCGCUAGACAUGUCAAAGAUGACAGCGAUGGCGAAGCUAUUCUCGGCCUGACACCGAGUCCCGCCCGGGGAGCGUCGUGCGACUCGACUCGCGUGCAUUUCACUCGGAAAUCGUUAUGAAUAAUCGUUGACAGCGCUCGGCUUCUGUUCGCGAAGGCUGCUGCUCCGACAAUCGCGACAUGGCAUCUCGCAGAUGGUUUCAUCCCAAUAUCACUGGUUUGGAAGCGGAACGUCUAUUGAUGGAACGAGGAUUUGACAGUUCAUUUUUAGCGCGACCGAGUUCCUCAAACCCUGGUGAUUUCACAUUAUCUGUGAGGCGAAAUGGCGAGGUGACUCAUAUUAAGAUACAAAACACGGGAGACUUUUAUGACCUUUACGGCGGUGAGAAGUUUGCCACGCUUUCCGAGUUGGUGCAGUUUUAUAUGGAAAAUGGUGGGCAAUUGCGUGAGAAAAACGGUGAAAUUAUCGAGCUCAAGUAUCCUCUCAAUUGCGCUGAUCCUACAACCGAAAGGUGGUUUCACGGUCACUUGUCAGCGAGAGAGGCGGAACGGUUAAUGCUGGAACGUGGGAAAAAUGGAUCUUUUUUGGUGCGCGAGUCUCAAAGUAAACCAGGCGAUUUCGUGCUGUCCGUACGCACCGACGAUCGUGUCACUCACGUUAUGAUACGAUCUCAGGACAACAAGUAUGACGUAGGUGGUGGUCACAAGUUUGACAGUCUCAGUGAUUUAAUAGAUCACUAUAAACGAAAUCCCAUGGUUGAAACAAGCGGAAGUGUUGUACAUCUUCGGCAACCAUUCAAUGCAACACGUAUUAAUGCUAGUGGAAUCGAGAGUAGAGUUAAGCAAUUACAUAAAGAAAAUGGCUGUUCUAAUGGUUGGCUAUGGAAUGGAACGACUGGAAAUAAUGAGGGCGGAGCCGGUCGUGGCAAAGGAAAAGCUGGAUUUUGGGAAGAAUUCGAAUCGUUACAACAAUUAGAGUGCCGACAUUUAUUUUCGAGGAAGGAAGGUUUACGCCCAGAGAAUCGCGCAAAGAAUCGUUACAAGAACAUCUUACCCUUUGAUGAUACUAGAGUACGAUUAAAAGAUGUAGAUCCAAACAUCCCUGGAGCUGAUUAUAUUAAUGCUAACUAUAUAAAAAACGAGGAAGACCCUAUUAACAGUGGCAGCGAUAUAACAACAUUUGGCAAAUAUUAUAUAGCCACACAAGGUUGUCUUCCAAAUACCAUACAAGACUUUUGGCACAUGGUCUAUCAAGAAAAUACUCGCGUGAUUGUUAUGACUACAAAGGAAGUGGAGAGAGCAAAAAAUAAAUGCGCACGUUACUGGCCGGAAGAAGGAGAAGUUACUGAAUAUGGUAAUGAAUGGAAAGUGCGCGCUGUAUCGCGAACCUCGACUGCUGAUUAUACUCUGCGUGAAUUUCUCCUACAAGGAACCAAACCGAACUUUUCUGAAUCUAGGAGAAUUUAUCAUUACCAUUUUCAAGCAUGGCCUGAUCAUGGUGUUCCAUCAGAUCCUGGCUGUGUGCUGAAUUUUCUGCACGAUGUAAAUGCCAGACAAGAAUCAAUUGCUGCAUCUUUGGCUUCCAGCAAUCAGAAUGUACCAUGCAUAGGACCCAUUCUUGUCCAUUGUAGUGCCGGAAUUGGUAGAACUGGCACAUUCAUUGUUAUCGAUAUGAUUUUAGACCAAAUUAAACGUCACGGGCUCGAUUGUGAAAUUGAUAUUCAACGUACAAUACAACGAGUACGCUCGCAAAGAUCAGGAAUGGUCCAGACGGAAGCGCAAUAUAAAUUUGUUUACCUCGCCGUUCUGCAUUAUAUCGAUACUGUAUCCCAACGAAUGCAAGCAGAAAAGAAAUCACUUCAAUUAGGCAGAGAAUAUACUAAUAUUCGUUACAAAAGCGAGACGAACGUUUCCACUAAUUCUAUCAUGAGCGACACUUCCAUUUCCACGAGCACACCGACAACCCUUUCAACAUUGUCCACAUCUACCUAUAGUUUGAGGCCAAAGUAAUUUUCGUUAGGCUCACACAAUCGGUUUUACAUAUACUUGGGAAAGCAAAGAAGAGGCUUUUGCUUCCUCUCAUUUUCUUUCUUUCUCUCACUCCUUGUUUUUUAAUUCUCCGUCACUAGAUGAUGCUACAAGAAGAUUGUAAUGCGAUAUAAUCACGUAUCCCAUUUAUUCGGAGUCUUAUUCGCCGACGAGAAUUCACUUUUGCCUUUAUUGUUAAAUAUACUU